CUCUGAAUUUCUCCUCACAAGGAUGGGCCUGUUUAUUCACUCUGGGCAUCGUUGGUAGAGCGCUAGUGUAAACAGCCCGAGGAACCCGGUGGGCUGGGGAAGCGGGCGCCCUGUGUUCUCCGCGGGGAGCAGGGAUGCUGGGGGCCAGGUGGGGCUGACCGCAUUUAGAGACCGCUUUCGGACCCCCCCUGGGUUUGCGAUGCCUGCCGGAGCAGCCAGAAGCGCCAUUGUGAUGCCGGUGGGAGGGGUGGAGCCACCAAGUCCCGUCUCAAUUUAGACUUCUCACUCCGCUUCUAGGCGCGCCCAUUUCAGAUUGCUAAACUCCAGAGUCAGGGGAAAAAAAAAGCGGGGAGGAGGUGGAAAGCCACACCCCGCGGCGCCCGCGAAUUUCCCCAGGAGCCGACGGUGGCUCAGGCAGACGCGGCCGAGAUGCGGGGCCCGGGGCUCCUGACCGCCGCCCACCUCGUGUGCGUGUGGACCGUGGUACUGGCCGCGGCCCCCGGGCCUAGGUUUCUGGUGACAGCCCCAGGGGUCAUUAGGCCUGGAGGAAAUGUGACUGUUGGGGUAGAGCUUCUGGAACACAGCCCCUCCCAGGUCACUGUGAAGGCUGAGGUCAUCAAGAUGGCAGCCAAUCUCACGGUCUCUGUCCUGGAAGCAGAGGGAGUCUUUGAAAAAGGCUCUUUCAAGACACUUACUCUUCCAUCACUACCUCUGAACAGUGCAGAUGGGAUUUAUGAGCUACGUGUAACUGGACGUGCCCAGGAUGAGAUCUUAUUCUCUAAUAGUACGCGCUUAUCAUUUGAGACCAAGAGAAUGACUGUCUUCAUUCAAACAGACAAGUCCCUGUACAAGCCGAAGCAGGAAGUGAAGUUUCGUGUCAUUACACUCUUCUCAGAUUUUAAACCUUAUAAAACUUCUUUAAACAUUCUAAUUAAGGACCCCAAGUCCAAUUUGAUCCAACAGUGGUUGUCAGAACAAAGUGAUCUUGGCAUCGUUUCCAAAACUUUUCAAUUAUCUUCCCAUCCAAUACUUGGUGACUGGUCCAUUCAAGUUCAAGUGAAUGACCAGACAUAUUAUCAAUCAUUUCAGGUUUCAGAAUAUGUAUUACCAAAAUUUGAAGUUACUUUGCAGACACCAUUAUACUGUUCUUUGAAUUCUAAGAGCUUAAAUGGUACUGUCACAGCAAAGUAUACAUACGGGAAGCCAGUGAAAGGAGAUGUAACACUUACAUUUUUACCUUUAUCCUUUUGGGGCAGGAAGAAAAAUAUUACGAAAAAUUUUAAGAUAAAUGGAUCUGCAAACUUCUCUUUUAAUGAUGAAGAAAUGAAGAAAGUAAUGGAUUUUUCAGAAGGGUUUUCUGAAUACAUGUAUCUGUCUUCCCCUGGGCCGGUGGAAAUUUUAGCCACAGUGACAGAAUCACUUACAGGUAUCUCAAGAAAUGCAAGCUCUAAUGUAUUUUUCAAGCAACAUGAUUACAUCAUUGAGUUUUUUGAUUAUGCUACUGUCUUGAAGCCAUCUCUGAACUUUACAGCCACUGUGAAGGUAACCCGUGCUGAUGGCAAUCGACUGACUUUUGAAGAAAGAAGAAAUAAUGUAGUUAUAACAGUGACACAGAAAAACUCUUCCGAGUACUGGAGCAGAUGGGGCAGCAGGAACCAGGAACUAGAAGCUGUCCAGAUCAUAAAUUAUACUGUCCCUCAAAAUGGAAUCUUUAAAAUUGAAUUCCCAAUCCUGGAUGAUUCCAAUGAGCUACAGUUGGAGGCCUCUUUUCUUAACAGUGUGAGUAGCAUGGCAGUUCAUGGUAUGUUUAAGUCUCCCAGUAAAGCAUACAUCCAGCUAAAAACGAGAGAUGAAAAUAUAAAGGUGGGAUCACCUUUUGAGUUGAUGGUUAGUGGCAACAAGCCACUAAGGAAGGAGUUAAGCUAUAUGGUAAUAUCCAGGGGACAGUUGGUGGCUGUAGGCAAGCAAAAUUCAACAGCCUUCUCUUUAACACCAGAAAAUUCUUGGGCUCCAAAAGCCUGUAUUAUUGUGUAUUAUAUUGAAGAUGAUGGAGAAAUUAUAAAUGAUGUCCUAAAAAUUCCUGUUCAGCUUGUUUUUAAAAAUAAGAUAAAGCUGUUUUGGAAUAAAACUCAUGCUGCACCAUCUGAGAAAGUCUCUCUUAGGAUCUCUGUGACACAGCCAGACUCGAUAGUUGGGGUUGUGGCUGUUGACAAAAGCGUGAAUCUGAUGAAUGCCUCUAAUGAUAUUACAAUGGAAAAUGUGGUCCAUGAGUUGGAGCUCUAUAACACAGGGUAUUAUUUAGGCAUGUUCAUGAAUUCUUUUGCAGUUUUUCAGGAAUGUGGCCUCUGGGUAUUGACAGAUGCAAACCUUAUGAAAGAUUACAUUGAUGGUGUUUAUGACAGCAUCGAACUUGCCGAGAGGUUUGUGGAGGAAAAUGAAGGAUACUUGGUAGAUUUCCAUGACUUCUCUUCGGUUAGCGAUCCACGUGUCAGAAAGCAUUUUCCAGAGACUUGGAUUUGGCUAGACAUCAACAUGGGUUCCAAGAUUUACCAAGACUUUGAAGUUACCGUGCCUGAUUCUAUCACUUCUUGGGUGGCUACCGCAUUUGUGAUCUCUGAGGACUUAGGUCUUGGACUAACCAGGACUCCAGUGGAGCUACAAGCCUUCCAGCCAUUUUUCAUUUUUUUGAAUCUUCCCUACUCUGUUAUCAGAGGUGAAGAAUUUGCUUUGGAAGUAACCAUAUUCAAUUAUUUGAAAGAUGCCACUGAGGUUCAAGUAAUCAUUGAGAAAAGUGACAAAUUUGAUAUUCUAAUGGCUUUAAAUGAAAUAAAUGCGACCGGACACCAGCAGACCAUUCUGGUUCCCAGUGAGGAUGGGGCAACUGUUGUUUUCCCAGUCAAGCCAACACACCUGGGGGAAAUUCCAAUCACAGUCACGGCCAUUUCACCUGCUGCUUCUGAUGCUGUCACCCAGAGGAUUUUAGUAAAGGCUGAAGGAAUAGAAAAAUUGUAUUCACAAUCCAUCUUGUUAGACUUGGCUGUCCACAAAUUACAAACUCCCCUGAAAACUUUGAGUUUCUCAUUUCCUCCCAACACAGUGAGUGGUAGUGAAAGAGUUCAGAUCACUGCAAUUGGGGAUAUCCUUGGUUCUUCCAUCAAUGGCUUAGCCUCAUUGAUUCGGAUGCCUUAUGGCUGUGGUGAACAGAAUAUGAUAAAUUUUGCUCCAAAUAUUUAUGUUUUGGAUUACCUAACUAAAAAGAAACAACUGACAGAAAACUUAAAAGAAAAAGCCCUUUCAUUUAUGAGGCAAGGUUAUCAGAGAGAACUUCUCUAUCAGAGGGAAGAUGGCUCUUUCAGUGCUUUUGGGAAUGAUGACCCUUCUGGUAGUACUUGGUUGUCAGCUUUUGUUUUAAGAUGUUUCCUUGAAGCUGAUCCUUACAUAGAUAUUGAUGAGAAUGUGUUACACAGAACAUAUACUUGGCUCAAAGGACGUCAGAAAUCCAAUGGUGAAUUUUGGGAGCCAGGAAGAGUGAUCCAUAGUGAGCUUCAAGGUGGCAAUAAAAGUCCAGUGACACUUACAGCUUAUAUUGUGACUUCUCUCCUGGGCUAUAAAAAAUAUCAGCCUAAUAUUGAUAUACAAGAGUCUAUCAACUUUUUGGAGUCUGAAUUUAAUAGAGGAAUUUCAGACAAUUAUACUUUAGCUCUUAUAACUUAUGCACUGUCAUCUGUGGGGAGCCCUAAAGCCAAGGAAGCUUUGAAUAUGCUGACUUGGAGAGCAGAACAAGAAGGAGGCAUGCAAUUCUGGGUGUCUUCAGAGUCUAAACUUUCUGAAUCCUGGCAGCCACGCUCCCUGGAUAUUGAAAUUGCAGCCUAUGCGCUACUUUCACACUUCCUGCAAUAUCAGGUUUCUGAGGGAAUCCCGAUUAUGAGGUGGCUAAGCAGGCAAAGGAAUAGCUUGGGAGGUUUUGCAUCUACCCAGGACACCAUUGUGGCCUUGAAGGCCCUAUCUGAAUUUGCAGCUCUAAUGAACACAGAAAGUACAAACGUCCAAGUGACUGUGAUGGGGCCCAGUUCACCAAGUCCUAUAAAGUUUCAGAUUGACAGACAGAACCGCUUUCUUCUCCAGAUGGCAGAGCUUUCAGUGGUACAGCCAACUGCAGUUAAUAUUUCCGCAAGUGGUUUUGGAUUUGCGAUUUGUCAGCUCAAUGUUAUUUAUAAUGUGAAAGAUUCGGGUUCCUCCAGAAGACGAAGAUCUGUUCAAGACCAAGAAGCCUUUGAUUUAGAUGUUGCUGUCAAAGACAAUAAGGAUGAUAUAAAUCACUUGAAUUUGAAUGUGUGUACAAGGUUUUUGGGCCCAGCUAGAAGUGGCAUGGCCCUUAUGGAAGUGAACCUGCUCAGUGGUUUUACCGUGCCUUCAGAUGCAAUUCCUCUGAGUGAGACGGUGAAGAAAGUGGAACACGAUCAUGGAAAACUCAACCUAUAUUUAGAUUCUGUAAAUGAAACCCAGUUUUGUGUUGAUAUUCCUGCUGUGAGAAACUUUAAAGUUUCAAAUACACAAGAUGCUUUGGUGUCCAUAGUGGAUUACUAUGAACCAAGGAGACGAGCGGUGAGGAGUUACAACUCUGAAGUGAAGCUGUCUUCUUGUGACCUCUGUGGGGACAUUCGCGGAUGCGGUCCUUGUGAGAGCGGAGCUGCGGCCUCCCUUUGUCGCCCUUCAGAAAUUUUUGUGCUCUGUCUCACGCUUCUGUUUUCUUUGUACCAGUGGCUGUGAUUUGUUCUUUAAGGACUCCAUGUAACAUUGACAUUUCCAAUCACAUAUGAUUGUCUUGUUUUCGUGAUCAAGUAUUGCUUCUGACUAUUUUUGAAAAAUAAUUUUUUCUUUUUAUGGGGUUGGGGGGGAUGGUGCACAGUAGGUCCUAGUAUGUAUAGCUGCACAGACGUCUUCAUUUGACUUCUGUGUAGAACAAAAAAUCAGAGUUAUUGCAGUUGUAUGUCUUUAUUUCCCCCUCUUAAAAAUAGUUAAGGAGGUUUUCAUGGAGGUGUUGUCUUCUCCAGAAUAAAUGUGUUAUUUUAGAUUAUUCUUUUAUUUUCUAGAAGAAAUGCUAGGUUCUUAAGCAUUAUUGUACACCAGUGUUGGCUUUUGCAUUAAAGACAGAUGCCUGGGAACUGGGAGAAAACAACCAGAAAGAGGAGCUUUCUCUGUUCCCGUCCAGCAUCCACUCUACCCUCUGCCCACUCCACCCCCAGUGGUCCCGGUAUAUCCUUUUUGAUUGGAUAUCACUUCUUUCUUUUUAAAAUGUAGGGGGCAGAAUUUUUCUUUUUAAGAAAAGUGAUGUUUUUUCACUCCAGUUGUAAUCUCAUCCCCCAACCUUUACCCUUCCUUUUUUUCUUCUGGAGAGAAGGAGAGAGAGAAUGUGUUUUCGUGUGCUUUGCAGUCUGGUUCAGAGCUUGAGGAGUGUACAGAAACUGCUCCAAGGGGUUCUGGGUGCACUGCCCUCCCUCUCACUUCCUCAGCCUCCCACACUGGGUCUGUUUCAGGGAUGAGAGUCAGAGGGCAUAGCAGUAUGUGCCCUCGGUGAUCUAGACUAGAAGAUCCUAGCUAGAAGACAUAGCUCUGUUAGUAAUGGGGCAUAAUUAGCCAGGGUACAACAAGAUCCUGUAUGAGACGCAGCAGGCUGGCCUCCCUGUGGUCUGGGAAAGAAGCUGGGGCUUGACAAAGGACAAGAGAGGUGAACAUGACUGUUGACCUCAAGUAUGGUCAGGUGUUGCCCAGGGUCCUGUAGAAGCUCUUCUAGAUUCAGGUGUCUGAGUGUCAGAUGGCCAGCUGUCUAGUGACGUGUAAUGUUUAUGUGAAUCUUUAAGAUUUUUGAACUUUGAGCGCCUGGAUAAUUGAUUACCCUGUAUUCUGAAAGAUAAUAUUCAUUUAUCUGGGUGAAAAUUUUAAAGAAAAUUUCUUUCUUUCCACCUCCCUCCUUUUUUUCCUUUCUUUUUUUUUUUCUUUUUCUCCUUUCUCGCUUCCUUCUUUCUUCCUUUCCUUCCUUCUUCCUUUCAUUUUUCCUUCUAAAUAUAUUGAAAUAUUUUAGAUAUAUAUAAAAAAUAAAGAUCUCUUCUAAAUCUAAGAAAUGGUUUACUUUUGCUCCUUAAUUCCAUGGCAUUUCUCUCAAGUGAACCUGAGAAAAAUAAUUGCCAUGGGCUUCAAAAGUCUGCAUUACAACAUUUUCAACUGUCUAAAAAUAAAUCCAUCGAAAAUAAAGUAAGCAAAUGUAUCUUUUAAAGUUAAUUUUUCAAACUUUUUUUUAUCUUAGUGAAUUUUAAGAAAUUGUGGUCGGUGUUCAAGAAAUUAUAGGGGAGUGGAUGUUCAUAUAUUCCUUUUGGAUAUUUUGGAUACAAAGGUAGGAGUUACCAAAAUUCACUGUUUUGAAGCUUAAAACUUAUAUGUAGAAAAUAGAUCCUCAGAGAGUGGUCUAUGGAGAGGGUGGAAGUUAAAUAUCAAAUAAAUAAUCUUCUUGUAUUUCCUUUUAAAUGGAUAAAAGCUUGUAGUUCUGUUACACCUUUGAAACAGUCUGAUCUAAAAAAGACAUUUGUUAUGUUUGGGCCUUCCUGUAUGGUGUUUUCUGUCUUUAUAUCCUAGGACACCUUUAAAGAUGACAGUAUCUUCUGAAGAGGUUGGGGGAGGGUGUUGGCAAAGGAUAUCCUCCUCCCUUGCCUUGCCCAGGACUCUUAUACUGACCACCGGUACCUUAUAUUCUUCAGUAAAUAAGUUAUACUGAACUUCUAGUAUAGUAUAUUGGGAAAGACUAGAAUGGAAAGGCCAAUGGAAGACAGUUUGUAUCUUUUUUAGGCCACAUUUCCUCAUUUAAAAACUAGAACUUGAAUACUUUUUUUGUGAAGCACUUCAGAUUUUCAGAUUAAGAAGUCAUCUUGUAACUGUUGUUGUAAUGCAUCUCUUUUAUUAUAAAUUUAUUAAAAGUGAAGGAGGAGAAUGAGUAGGAGGAGGAGAAAGUCAGCUGUGCUUCUUGGGGCAUGGAGCUGUGGUAAUGCCUUGUCUCCAUCCUCCUUCAUAUCUUUUUUAGAGAACUGACUUUGUUACAAGCAGUGGGGUUGGAUUAAAAGUGAUUAAAAAGCCACAGGCGUAAGGGAAAAGGAGGACCUGUAGUAGUAAUAAUUAAAUGUAUAGACUAUUUUCUUUUCUUCAUAUGCUAUGAAGAAUAAUAUUUAAAAAACCUCAUUUUACCUUUAAGUUUGCUUAUGGUGAGCUUCUUCCAUUUAGAAUGCCAUCAAUUACAUUUCCUAAUAAGAACUAAUUUAAAAUUGCCCCUUCUCUUUCACUGAGGGGGAACCUUAUUAUGACAGCGGCAUAGGUCACUUUCAGUUUUGACUGACCAGUGGUUCCAGAGACUGAAUAACUAGUAGCCAAACAAUUUAAAGGCAGAACAACACUUUUAUAUUGGGUCUUAUCAUUCUGUCACCUUUAGUUAUAAUUCUAAAAAGAAAUUAAGGCAACUAAUAAUUUGUUUGCUAUAUCGAUGAGUUCAGAAAAAAAUGCCUGGUCAACAAAAUGCUUUUUUUUUUUUUAAUUGUUCUAUUAUACUUUAUGUUUUUCAAAAUACUUUGACAAUCGUAUAUUUGGUUUAGUAUUUUGGGUAUAGUAUAAUCUGAGGAGUGUUGUGCUUAUAUAAAAUCCAGAUAUACAUCUAUUACCUAACAACUUGUUACUUAAAUAUGCAAUAUCAUAUCCUACAUGUGGGGAUUUUCAGAAUUAUAGAUAGCAUAAUUCUCCCUGCUCCCCCUCUUUUGAACCUGGGUAUAGUUAUUUUUUAAAUUAUAUUUAGCCUUAAUUUCUGUUUAUGUAAAAUAUAGUUAUAAAUAGUCUGGCAAUAUAAUACCAAUUAUCUUUGAUAUAAUUCAAUUAUUUAAGUCAACAUUUCUGGCUGUCCUAUGACAUUUAAAUAAAAUUGGAGCUACCAUUUUUUUUUUUUUUGGUCAUUUUUAGAACAAGCUAUUUUAUUAACCUGCUAGCAUAUAAUCUGGAAUUUUUUGUAAUAGCCUUAUUUUUUUCUCAUUUGCUUUAUUGAAGUUUAAUACUGAUUUCUAUAGAAAUAUAUUGUAAAUACCUCCUUUCUUAACAUAAAGACAGUACUUAUUUUGAGUUUGCCACGUGGCUACUAUGGGUCCAGUUGCCACUAUAUAUUCUUGGAGGCAUCAUUUUCUUGCACAUUAGAAGUCUGAGACACUUAUAGUAAGUGGACUUGCUCCUGGGUCAGCUUUAGAGUUUAUUCUACCCUCGGUAGAGGCUUCUGUUAGAAGAGUAUAUUCCUCAUUUUUCUUUGUUUUCAAACUCCAGUAAAGCAUAGCACUUUUAAAGGGCUUAAAAAUUUCAUAGCAUGUAUUCAAAUGAUAUUUAUGUUAAUAGUAAAUAUCUUAAGUUACAUAGGGGAUAGUUUGAGGUGCAAUUAUUUUUAUCACUACUUUAAAUAGAGGACUUUAAUCCUACUUUCUUCCAGAAACCAAGCAGUAAAUAUACAUUUUUUAAAAGAAACUUUAUUUUUUUAAAAGAAAUCUUUACCCCCAACGUGGGAUUUGCACUCAUGACCUUGAGAUCAAGACUUGCAUGCUCUACCAACUGAGCCAGCCAGGUGCCCCAGUAAAUACACAUUUUUAAGUAAGUAUGUAUUAGUGAGAGUAGGCUUGUUUCAAAACUGUCUCUAGCCUGUGAGUUGUGUUUUCGUAAGCUUCCUCAAAAGACAGUGCCACAUUGCAUCAUUCCAUAAAAUGCCAUUUCACUUCAGUUAUUGUAAUCCAGGAAGAUAGAUAUUUUGUAGACGAUGUCUGAGCUUUUCCUUUCAAAGGACACUUACACAUUCAUAUGUGGGUAUCUCUGUAGUAGGGAUGGAUGAUAUUGACACACAUGUUGCUUCAUGUUUUCAGAGUAAUUUUAUCUCAUGUUGUCAUGAGGCUACGAUUUAUAAUUCUUCUGCCUAUUGUAUUGAAUUAAUGGUAGGGGAUAGUGCCAUGUUCCACUUGUGGAUCUUUAAGGUUCAUCUUUGGUAGCUUGGGUAGAAUGUGGCUCUAUUUUGACCCUUCAAGGCUUUCUGUUUUGGAUUUUUAGGAGGGUGCAGCUGAUGUGGUAGAGUCCAUUUGUUUUCUACACAGGAAGCUUUAUAAAAUUUUAUUCAUAAGUCCCCUAUUUUAAGAAGCUCUUUUGCAUAUGAGAAUACUUUUGAAAGAAAACAUUAUUUUCCCAGAAAUCAAAGCACCAUAUGUUGAUCAAAGUGAUUCUGAAGGUUUAAAUUUUACAUGUUAGAAUGUUGUGUUAUUGUUAAUUGUAUUCUUUUAUGUAUCCAGUAGGAAAUCAUGGUUUAUCAAUAAAAAUUCCCAUCUGUUUGUUA